UCUCCAUUCACUCACUGAAAUUAAAAUAACUCCAAACUCCACCUCGUGUAAAGGGCACAGUCUCACUUUCCUUUCACUCUCUUUUCUCUCGGUAUUUUCACAAACACUUUCUGCGAAAGAAGAUGACGAAAGACGUGGAGGUCGUCGAGGGAGAAUUCUCCGCCAAGGACUACCACGACCCUCCUCCGGCACCUUUGUUCGACCUCGCAGAGCUGACACAGUGGUCCUUUCACAGAGCUCUCAUAGCGGAGUUCAUAGCCACGCUUCUCUUCCUUUACAUCACGGUUCUAACGGUGAUUGGCUACAAGAGCCAGAUUGAUCCCAACAAGAUGGGCGUCGACGUGUGUGGCGGCGUUGGCUUUCUCGGCAUCGCUUGGGCUUUUGGUGGCAUGAUCUUCAUCCUUGUGUACUGCACUGCCGGUAUCUCUGGAGGGCAUAUCAACCCGGCUGUGACAUUCGGACUGUUCUUGGGACGCAAGGUGUCGCUAAUCAGGGCGUUGUUGUACAUGGUUGCACAGUGCUUGGGUGCUAUCUGUGGUGUCGGUUUGGUGAAGGCCUUCCAGAAGUCUUACUACGACAGGUAUGGUGGUGGAGCUAAUGAACUAGCCACUGGAUACAACAAGGGUACUGGAUUGGGUGCUGAGAUUAUUGGCACCUUUGUUCUUGUCUAUACUGUCUUCUCUGCUACUGAUCCUAAGAGAAACGCAAGAGACUCCCAUGUUCCUGUUUUGGCACCACUUCCCAUCGGAUUUGCAGUGUUCAUGGUUCACCUUGCCACCAUUCCAAUCACGGGAACUGGCAUCAACCCUGCUAGGAGUUUUGGAGCCGCUGUUAUCUAUAACAAAGAGAAGGCCUGGGAUGACCAAUGGAUCUUCUGGGUGGGACCAUUCGUUGGAGCUGCCAUUGCUGCAUUCUACCACCAAUUCAUUCUAAGAGCAUCGGCCAUUAAAGCUCUGGGAUCCUUCAGGAGCAAUGCUUAAUUAAUUUAAGCUUUAAUAUGUGGAUUUCAAAAAAAUAUUAUGCAGAUGGGUCUUUUCUGGAAAAAAAAUGAAUAACAACAUUGAGGAGUGUCUGUCUGUCUGAGAGGGUCCCUUGAGCAUUUGAUAGCCUUUUGUGAUCUCUCAUGGAGGGCCAUGGAACUGUAGAUAAACAUGCCUGUGGGCAGGGGUGUCUUUUGUAUCCCUCUUGUCUUUUCUUUGAAUUUUCGAUGUAUUUUUAUGUGCUGUUGUCGUAAUUGUACUAUCUUUUUUUUUUUUUUUUUCCUCUUUAGUUUUAUUUUCUUUUUAUUUUUAAAUUGAACUCUCUGAGUGUUAUGUAUGUCUUAUAAAUGUUUAUCAUCCGCGUAAAGCUUGUGAAAAAAUGGGUUGUGUGUUCUUUUCUA